AUGGAGAUGCGGAUGUUAAGAUGGACAAUAGGUGUAACGCUACAAGAGAAAGUAUCCAACGACACUAUGCGCUCCAUCUUCGGCGUCGUCCCGAUAACUGAGAAGAUGAAGGAGGCCCGACUGAAAUGGUUCGGUCACAUCUUGCGGCGAGAGGAAGAUUCUGUGGCCAAAACCGCACUGAAGCUCGACGUUUCAGGAGUGAGGCCGCGUGGGAGGCCAAAGAUUCGGUGGUUAGACCGUGUGAAGCUGGAUAUGAUAGAUGCGCGUUUAUGUACGGCUGAUGCAAUGGAUAGAACCAAAUGGAAGACAAGAAGGAGAAAGGCGGACCCUGCAACAACGCGGGACAAACGCUAG